AGAACUAUGGGGCCAGUCUCUGGAGAGCUCUGCUAUUGCUCCAGUGGCCAAGAAAGUCCACUGGUCUAGAGCAGCAACAGGAGCAGCCACCGCCACCAAAGCCAAAAGAUCUAAGCUUAAGACCUCCAGCAAAAGAUUCAAGCUUAAUAAGAAGCGAAACCCUAGAUUUAGCUUCCCAAGAGAUCUUGUCCCUCUUUAAUUCGUUCCAGUUCUCGUUCCUGUUGUUGCUGUUGUGGUUCUCGUAGCAGAAAUACAUUAAAGCCAGAGACCGGCCCAGUACUCUGAAGUCUGCAGUACUUGUCGUCAUUGCCUACCCCUCUACACUGGUCUGGAGCUGACUUAGUAAGAACUAAAGGCCAUGGAUGAAGAUGAAAUUGAAUUGACCCCAGAAGAAGAAAAGUCGUUAUUUGAUGGAAUAGGAGCUGAUGCAGUACACAUGGAUAGUGACCAGAUUUCUGUAGAAGUACAAGAAACUGUUUUUUUAUCUAAUUCAGAUGUAACUGUGCACAAUUUUGUUCCUGAUGAUCCAGACUCAGUUAUAAUUCAAGAUGUUAUUGAAAAUGUUCUUAUUGAAGAUGUUCACUGUUCACAUAUUUUAGAAGAAACAGAUAUAUCUGACAAUGUCAUUAUUCCUGAGCAAGUUCUCGAUUUAGAUACAGCUGAAGAAGUGUCUUUAGCACAGUUCUUAAUUCCAGACAUUUUAACUUCCAGUAUUACAUCAACCUCAUUGACUAUGCCUGAACAUGUCUUGAUGAGUGAAGCUAUACAUGUGUCUAAUGUAGGACAUUUUGAACAAGUGAUUCAUGAUAGCCUAGUAGAAAGAGAAAUCAUCACUGAUCCUUUGACAGCCGACAUUUCAGAUAUACUGGUAGCAGAUUGGGCUUCUGAAGCAGUCUUAGAUUCCAGUGGGAUGCCUCUGGAGCAGCAAGAUGAUGCCAGAAUCAACUGUGAGGAUUAUCUAAUGAUGUCUUUGGAUGAGCCUAGCAAAACAGAUCAUGAAGGUUCCUCUGAAGUUACCAUGAAUGCAGAGUCAGAAACUGAUUCUUCUAAAUUGGAUGAAGCAUCUCCAGAAGUUAUCAAGGUGUGCAUUCUUAAAGCUGACUCAGAAGUGGAUGAUGUAGGAGAAACUAUACAAGCAGUAGAGAGUGAGACCGACAAUGGCAAUGAAGCUGAAGUCACUGAUCAGAGGACUAGCAUUCAUGUUCCCAGAGUCAACAUUUAUAUGUUAGCCAGUGAUUCUCAAAAGGAAGAAGAAGAUACUAAAGUAAUUGUAGGAGAUGAAGAUGCUGGUGGCACAGCUGCAGAUACUCCUGAGCAUGAGCAACAGAUGGAUGUCAGUGAAAUAAAAGCAGCUUUCCUACCUAUUGCAUGGACAGCAGCUUAUGAUAAUAAUUCUGAUGAAAUUGAAGUGCAGAAUGCCACUGCCAGUGCUAUGUUACACCAUGAUGAAUCUGGUGGCCUUGACAGAGUACCAAAACAAAAAUCAAAAAAGAAAAAAAGACCUGAAUCCAAACAGUACCAGUCAGCAAUAUUUGUUGCUCCUGAUGGACAAACUUUACGUGUCUAUCCUUGCAUGUUUUGUGGGAAAAAAUUUAAGACCAAAAGGUUUUUGAAAAGACACAUAAAAAACCAUCCUGAAUACCUUGCUAAUAAAAAAUAUCACUGUACUGAGUGUGAUUACAGUACCAACAAGAAGAUAAGCUUACAUAAUCACAUGGAGAGCCACAAGCUAACCAUUAAGACAGAAAAGACCACCGAAUGUGAUGACUGUAGGAAGAAUCUUUCUCAUGCUGGGACAAUGCAUACAGAAAAAGGAGUCAACAAAACAUGUAAGUGUAAGUUCUGUGACUAUGAAACAGCUGAACAGACAUUAUUGAAUCACCACCUUUUGGUGGUCCACAGGAAGAAAUUUCCUCACAUUUGUGGAGAAUGUGGUAAAGGUUUCCGUCACCCAUCAGCACUCAAAAAGCACAUACGAGUUCACACAGGAGAGAAGCCCUAUGAAUGUCAGUAUUGUGAGUACAAGUCUGCAGACUCUUCCAACUUGAAAACUCAUAUAAAAUCUAAGCAUAGUAAAGAGAUACCACUGAAGUGUGGCAUCUGUCUCCUGACUUUCUCAGAUACCAAAGAGGCUCAGCAACAUGCCGUUCUGCACCAAGAAAGCAGAACACAUCAAUGUUCACAUUGCAACCAUAAGAGUUCAAACUCAAGUGAUUUAAAGCGACACAUAAUUUCCGUUCACACAAAGGCGUAUCCUCAUAAAUGUGACAUGUGCAGCAAAGGAUUUCAUAGGCCUUCAGAACUCAAGAAGCAUGUGGCUACCCAUAAAAGUAAAAAAAUGCACCAAUGUAGACACUGUGACUUUAAGAGUCCAGAUCCAUUUCUGCUUAGUCACCAUAUUCUCUCAGCUCACACAAAGAAUGUUCCAUUCAAGUGUAAGAGAUGUAAAAAGGAAUUUCAACAACAGUGUGAGCUUCAAACGCAUAUGAAGACCCACAGUAGCCGAAAAGUCUAUCAGUGUGAGUACUGUGAAUAUAGCACCAAAGAUGCCUCAGGUUUUAAGCGCCAUGUUAUCUCCAUUCAUACGAAAGACUAUCCUCACCGCUGUGACUUCUGCAAGAAAGGAUUCCGGAGACCCUCGGAAAAGAAUCAACACAUAAUGCGACAUCAUAAAGAAGUUGGCCUGGCCUAAGUGUGUAAUCCUAACGUAUGGGGACAUUGGCAUUCAGGCAGGAAAUUCAUUUUAAAAGUAGGCAUCCUUGUUCACAUUCAAUGUCAUGAAUUUGUCAAGUGAAUAUAAAUAUGAUAUUGCUUCG